AUGAGAGAAAUACAAAAUUUACAACAGAUUCUUGAAAAUCUAGAUAAGAAGAAGCAAGAAAAGCUUAAAUCUAUGUCCCCAUUUGUGAGUGAGUCUUCAUCUGUGAUGAACUCACAAUUGAAUUCAUAUGAAUCAACGGAAACUAUCAUAAUUGAUCAGGGAUCCUAUAGUUAUAAUAAUCAAUUUCCUAUUAGUGUAAUUGAAACUUCAAAUACGUUAUCGCUAUAUGCACCUCCACCAAAACAAGUAGCUUUUCAAACUUGGUCUUCUAUAAAAUUUGUAUUGAACAUUUGUGGGGGCGAAGCACAAUUCUGCAUAUGUGCAAGUAAGAAGCAGGGGGUCUUGACAAAAAUUGCUUUUGUGUUGCAGAAACAUAUGAUUGAUGUUCUAUCUAUCAACAUUAUGUGCCAUGGAAAUGGAAAUGCGUACAUGAUUCUAGUUCAUUUAAGAUUCAAACUCGAUUUAUCCCCUCUUUAUAGUUUAUAUUGGAUAUAA